AUGUCACCAGCGAAAACCCUCGAUCUAUCGACACAGGCAUCCAAGCUUGUAGGUCGGUUGUUUUCCGGUCAGAAUGAUCAGGUCGGGUUCAUGUCUUGUGCUGUUUACGACACAGCAUGGGUGUCUAUGAUCACGAAGGAUUCGCCUGAAGGGCCGCAAUGGCUCUUCCCUGAGUGCUUUAAAUACUUACUGCAAACACAGAAAGAAGGCCAGGGGUGGGAGACUGCUGAACCUGGGAUUGAUGGCAUUCUCAAUACAGCGGCUGCAUUACUCGCCCUUGUUGCGCACUCCAAACAGAGACUUCAACUUACCUCCCCAUCCGACGAAGAGCUUAAUCGGCGGAUAAAGUCAGCUAUUAUCUCGCUAAAAGUCCAACUCCAGCUCUGGGAUGUCGAAAGUGCUGACCGUGUUGGCUUCGAGAUCCUCGUGCCCUCAAUUCUCCGUCUGUUGGAGUGCGAGAACCUUACCUUUGAUUUCCCCGGUCGACCCGCCCUUAUGAAAUUGAACCAAAUCAAGUUGUCGAAAUUGAAGCCGGAAUACCUCUACGCGAAGCAAAAGUCGACUGCUCUCCACUCCCUCGAAGCGUUUGUGGGGAUGAUUGACUUCGACAAGGUCAGCCACCACAAACAGUCCGGUGCCUUCAUGGCUUCGCCAUCUUCAACUGCGGCCUACCUAAUGUACUCUUCGUCCUGGGAUGAUGAAGCGGAAGAGUAUUUGCAUGACGUUAUCCGGAGUGGCGCUGGACAAGGCAGUGGUGGUGUGCCCAGUGCGUUUCCUUCGACAUAUUUCGAGAUGACCUGGGUCCUUACCACGCUUCUUGAGAAUAGCUUCACUAUUUCAGACAUUGGCGAGGAACAGGCGCAACGAGCAGCUACUUUCCUGAAAUCAGCCGUUGAAGAACAGGGGGGUCUUCUAGGAUUUGCAUGUAAUCUAGAGGCAGAUGCAGAUGAUACGGCCAAAGCUCUGCUUGCUUUAAGUAUUCUUGGUCAUCAUACAUCCCCUGCCGGGUUACUCAAGGAGUUUGAAUGCGAAACGCAUUUCCGUACAUAUCGAGGAGAGCGAAAUGCGAGUUUUUCAGCAAACUGUAAUGUUUUGCUCGCACUUCUCUCCCAACCAGAUCCAUCGGUAUAUACUUCGCAAAUCGAGAAGGCGACGAAAUUUCUGUGCAACACUUGGUGGGAGAGCGAUACGUUCAUUGAAGAUAAAUGGAGUAUAUCGACGUAUUAUCCCUACAUGCUGCUAACAGAGGCUUUAUCGAAACUUCUGGCUGUAUGGGACUCUGGAAACCUCCCAUCGUUCCCCGAAACUCUCAUUCGUGAUCAGGUUCUUAUAUCGAUCUACCAGGCGUUAAUUCGCACACUGCAGAAGCAGAACUCCGAUGGUUCCUGGGGACCCCGUGGCUCCCGGGAGGAAACGGCGUACGCAGUUCUCACAAUAUUGAAUGCCUGCUGUUUGCCGCAUUUGGAGACUCUAUUUCCUGUGAUUGACACGUCAAUUGACAUCGGUCGACAAUUCCUAGAACUACACUCUGGAGAGGGCCCAGACUCUCUUUGGAUAGAGAAGGUCACCUAUGGAUCGGCUGUGCUAUGCGAGAGCUAUGUGCUAGCAGCCCUCAAAGCACAUCACAAACGGGAGCAGGUUUUGGCCAGCAUCAGCUCGCUUGUUGAUGUCCCUGAGAAGUCCGUUAAAAAAUACGUCGCCUUUUACACCAGUCUCCCACUUUUUUCCAGCGUGGCGCCUUGGAAGAUCCGCGCAGCACUCAUUGAGGCCUAUCUUUUCCUACCGCAGUUGCGCCAGAUUCGGCUGGAUGUGUUUCCCCGUACGCAAAUGGAAGAGGACAAAUACUUCGAAUAUAUUCCCUUUACAUGGACUGGGAAUAGUAACCACAACAACACCUUCCUUCCCACAAAGACGCUUCGAGAUAUGAUGAUCCUUUCUUUCCUCAAUUACCAGGCGGAUGAAUAUAUGGAAGCUGUCGUUGGGAGAUAUUUUGGAAUGGAAAAUUCCGCUCUCGUUUCCAUAAUCGAUGGUAUAUUUUCUGACAUUGAAGUCAAUCUAAAGGGUGCGGCAAAUACCGAGGAGGCAUGUGGUCCAGCUUUGAAGAAAAUGAAGCUAACGAAGAGUCAUCCAGCGUCUAAUGGUAGUUUUCCUACGAAACAUGCAAAUGGAUCCAAUAAUGGCGUUCAAACUCGGAAAGAAUCCCGGGACGUCCCAUCCCUUCAGGAUGUAUCUGACGUUCUACGUUCGUUCAUAAGUUACAUCAUGCACCACCCCUGCGUCAACGAAGCUACUCCACUAGACCGUUCGCGCGUCAAAACAGAGCUGCGAACAUUCCUCUUAUCCCAUAUGGAACAAUCCGAGGACAAUAUGCAGUUCUCUAAACAACUUGACUGCCAGGGUGGGAAAUCAGACAUGACCUUUCAGCAGCCUCGCACGAGUUUCUACAAUUGGGUGCACACGACCUCGGCCAACCAUACAUCAUGCCCAUACUCCUUCGCCUUCUAUCAAUGUCUCCUGGCAGCAGAGCAAAGAAAUCGUCCCUCUGCUAGUCUAGGAAUCCAGCAAAGGUAUAUUUCAGAAGCAAUGUGUCGUCACCUUGCCACUCUCUGCCGCAUGUACAAUGACUAUGGAUCCGUGGCUCGUGAUAGGGACGAGAGAAAUUUGAACUCUGUCAAUUUCCCCGAGUUCGCUCCAUCUUCGCCGUCUGAUGGUGGCUCCGACGACGAUUCCCUAAGGAAGGAGCUGCUUCUUCUAGCAGAGUAUGAGCGCGAGCAGAUGGAAACCGCUCUUGGGAAACUUCGAAACCUAGCUGCAAAGGAUAAGGCCCAACAAAGAGCACUGCAAAAGGUGCAAAUGUUCUGUGAUGUGACCGACUUGUAUGGCCAAAUUUAUGUUGCCAGGGAUAUUGCGAGUCGUAUGUAA